ACAGCUCGUGAUGCCCAGGAGAAGUAGCGCUCUUCCUUGGCCAGAACUUCUUGAUUCUGCGUGCAGCAGAAGGAGGAUAUUGAAACGGGUCUGAUACGCAUGCGCGGACGUUUGGAGGAGUCCGCUCAGCAUUCGCAGGCGGUGCAGCGCGUGCAGACUGCCGAAAUGAAGGCGGAGGAUUUGCAGCAAUGCGCCAGCAAUGGGGCACCGUCUGAAGCGAGCUUGACGAAAGCAAGCUGUACAACAACAUGGAGUUGGAGUCGAUAGACAAAUUCUUUUCGGUUUACCAAAAGAAUGCGGUAUCGGUGUUUAGAAAAGAUUCGAAUGCAAGAUAUUCCCUUACUUAAUAUUCUCCUCUCUUUUCACAGGCUACUGAUGGCUCCUAUGAGGAUCUGCGAGCAACUGGCGGCAAGCAGUCACUUGUCCGCGCCGAUCGCUUCCUUUACGAAAUGUCAAAAUGGGCUUGAAGGGCAUCGAAGAGAUUUGGCAGUCACUAAAUUUUUUGUUCUUUUGUCCUGGCAGGAUUCCCCACUACGAGCAAAGGCUGAAGAGUACUACUGGAAGCGCUUUAUGCCGACAUCAGCAGCUCAGGGAGCAAUCAGAAUGGAAGUCAGCAGCAACAACAACACCAACAGCAACACCCUCAAGCUGAACACACGCACGGCGUUGGCCUUCCUGGAGAACGACAUUACCACGGCAUCUCCAACGGGCAUUACCACGGUCACCCUAUCACCGGCAGCCAUCGAGCGGGACUCGGAGGGCAGGCCUUUGCACCGAGGCUGUGCCCGUCGAGCAGAAGAUCCAGCAGGAGCUGCAGGGCCUCAAGUUGCGCGAGACGGAGCUAAAGCGCAUGCGCAAGAAUGACAGACACAACACAUUGAAGGCUUCGCUGGACAAGCUGUGAGUGC